CCGGCGAGCUGCGAGUUGCUGACUGCCGAUUGUAUUUUGAAAGUUCGAAGCCAACGUGGCUUCCGCCGCGUGAACCUUUGUGGCCCCGGCAUUGGUGGUGCUGCUGCUGCUGGUGAAGAGAAGUUAACGACGAGACGCUGAAGAAGCGAAACACGAAGGCGGGAGGACGGACAGGCGGGCUGGUCUUCUGGGGCAUCGCGCUGGCCGCGUAGCCGGGAGGAGAGGAGAGGAAAGCGCCCAGCGGAGUGCGAGGAGGCGCUGAAAGUUCACCCCCGAGGCUGAAAGUUUUUCGAAACACUUUGUUGGCGACGGUGGCAGCGAGUAGGAGUGUUGCUGGGACGUCGACGCCGGGCCGCAGAACGUGAAGACGAGUCCGAGUUAUGCUGGCGGCCGCGGGGCGGGCACAGAGGGAUACGGCGCUCCUUCGCUCGGAUUAACGUGGCCGCCACCGCCGAGGUGAGUGAGACUUCUCGGGUCUGCUGACAGUACUGCAAGUUGAGUACAAAAAUGGCCAACUACGACGACCUGGGCUUGGAGGCCAGUAAAUUCAUCGAGGAUCUCAACAUGUACGAGGCGUCCAGAGAUGGGCUCUUCAGAGUGAAAAAAGAAGCGGGCAACAAUCCCGACUUUGAGCAAACCAGGAAAGUGUUCGCUUCCAAGAUGACGAAGAUCCACAUGCAGAAGCAGCAGGAGGAAAUGGCCCUCUACAAUCUAGCGGGGCAGAACGGCAGACCCCCAGACGGCUUGUUUUAUACAAAGGAGCGGCCCCCGGUGAACAGCAGCUCCAGGCCCGCCAGAGAAGCGAAGCCCCCUCUGUCAUCCAUGCCACUGCUGGGCAACACCAAUGCCAACAACUUCCAGGAGCGGGAGAGCCCAGAGGGCCCCGUGCACAGUUCACCAGUGGACACACUGGUCUCUCAAGCCGGCAGACCCAGUAGGGUGGGCUAUCAUGAUCAACGUGAGUGUCCGAAUGACAGGCCAUACCAGGUGGCACUGCCCGGAUUGCACCAUCAGUUGUCACCACGGCAGCCUUCGGCGACGUUUGAUCAAAAACUGCUGGGCCCGCGGUCCUUCUCCUUCACCAACUCGGUCACCUCACCGCUGGCUUCUCCCAGCUCACCUUUCAUGCCAGUGCAGACAGGGAUGUCCCCUCAGAGAUCUUUGUCCUUCUCUGCUCCUUCUGCUGCCAUCAAUGACUCUUGUGAGGAGCCCGCCGGAGCAGCCCCUGUGUCGGGCAUCUGGCCAGUGAAGCAGAGUGUGAGAAACACAGGUGAAGUGACCCCAGAGCCGCAGAUGGGCAUGAACAGCGGCCUUUACAACACAAAUCCUGGCGGCUACCAGUCGCCAUCCAGUGCCAUGACGAGCAGUCGUCUUGGUGGGCAUCUGUUUGAUAUCAUCGAGAAUGGGCAGAAGCAGACCUCGCCGUCUCUCAGUUUACCGGGCCGCCAGCCUGCACUUCGUGACUCUGAAAGCAGCCCGCCAGUCCAGGGUCCUCCACCAUCGGCCACCACUGGAGAAGCGCCUCAGGUGCCCCCCUCUCAUCCAAGUAGUAACCUGUCAAAAGGGGUGUACCCGGGUCCUCAUCCCGUCACUCAGAAUGGCACCACCGUCUUGGAUCACUUGGCACCACUUCAUGAGAAGGCCCCCUCUGACCCACCUCUGACAUCACCUGGGGUCGUCUCCACGCAGGAAGCCAGUAGCCCCCCCAGCCCGCUCAAGCUUCCCUGCCAGGCACUCCUUAUACAGCCUGAACUUACGCCGUCUGCCGCAGAAAUAAAAUUAGAAGCUCUUACUAAGCGUCUGGAGCAGGAGAUGGAUGCCCAGCCGAAAGCCGACUACUUUGGUAACUGCGUGAAGUGUGCCAAAGGUGUCUAUGGGGCAAACCAGGCGUGCCAGGCAAUGGGGAAUUUGUACCAUGACAGCUGCUUUACUUGCAGUGCCUGCAGCAGACGACUUCGAGGCCGAGCCUUCUACUACGUAUGUGGCAAAGUAUUCUGUGAAGAGGAUUUCCUGUAUUCCGGAUUUCAGCAGUCUGCCGACAAAUGCAACGUCUGUGGACACCUGAUAAUGGACAUGAUUCUGCAGGCCUUAGGAAAGUCCUACCACCCAGGCUGCUUCCGCUGCGUGAUCUGCAACGAGUGUUUGGAUGGCGUGCCGUUCACGGUGGACACUGAAAACAAGAUCUACUGUGUCCGAGAUUACCACAAAGUACUUGCACCAAAAUGUGCUGCGUGUGGUCAACCCAUCCUACCCUCUGAUGGGUCUGAUGAAACCAUCCGUGUCGUCUCCAUGGACAAGGACUUCCACGUGGAGUGCUACCACUGUGAGGACUGCAACAUGGAGCUCAACGACGAGGAAGGCCACCGAUGUUUUCCACUCCACGGACGCCUCCUGUGCUACGCUUGUCACCUAAAGCAUGUUGACGGUGGGCCGCCAGCCUCCCACGUGUACCAGCACCAGUUCUGAAUGUGGGUGGGCUGGGACGGCGUGCCAGGGAGCCUUCCUGUCGGCCUGCGCUCCUCAUUUUAUGCCUCACUUGUCGAGUUUGACUUGGACGAGUUUUCGGUUUCGAUAGUGUGAGGUGGCAGCAGGGGAAGAAGCAGAGGAAGCAGGUCUUCAGGCGCCAAGCCCCCCCAAGGCCGAGAGAGACUCUCCGUCCCGGGCAACUUAGGACUGCAGGAGGUGACGAGUGUGUCACCCGACGGACCUCGCAGCACUUGAACACCAUGAAGAAGAGCAAGCGAGAGCCUGGCGUGGGAACAAGUUCUGGAGGUCCGGCGGCUGACCCCAGGAUACUCGGCUGUGCUCGGGCAGCGGGGGGUUUUGCCGAUAAGAGCGACUUGGGUUUGCACCUCAGAAUCCAAAGGAGUGCAUUGCUCCGGCGUGCCGCACCUGACCUCACACGCUUGGGCAACUUCUGAACAGGCGGACAGGUAUGGAUGGACGAGACGCUGCAGCCUUUAUGUAUUGAUGUUGUAGGAUUUCAUUUGUAAAAAGCAACAAAAUGUGUAAAAGACGUCUGAACCGUUAGCCAAACUACACGUCUACGUGUGGCCAGUGGCCUAACACAACACGUGACGUUUCCAGACCACCACUCGGUGCAGCAGGAGCCGGGGCUGUCGUGGGCGCCGGGCGCAGUUUCAAAUGGACUGAACUGGAACGUGGGUGGCGCCUGCCCUGAGCAUUCGUAUGACAGCCAGAAACGGGACGACCGAGUGUGUGUGUGUGAUACGUGGAGAGAUGGAGUGGCGUCACUCAGGGGUGUGUUUAACUGAGAAAUGGCCGGGGUGUCGACCACCCUGGAGGAGGGUGACUGACCGCACUGUUGGGCCAGAGUAGGCAGGUAUGGCCAUAGUUGAGCGAACGAUGGAGUCGGCUGUCAUCAUCACCUGUCCAGAUGAGGUGACGCUUUGUCACCAGUGGCCACGAAGUGAACGGCGACUGGGAAACUUGGUUAACGAGACGUCAGGCCCCCCCAUCAACAUAAAGACGUCACAUUCUCACCACGGUGUUGGCGGCCAACUUUGAUUUUGUUGACUUUUUUAUUUGAUGUUUGCGAUUGUUCCAAAAAAAAUAAAACAUUAAUC